AAAGGAGACAAAACAAUGACGACGGAUCCAGCUCUCCCGGUCCCUGUCGCCGAAAUCGCCGUCUCGUCCCCAUUUCCAACUCUUCUUCUCACCUACUUCCCGAGCUCGGCAUCUUCAGUUCGUCUUCUGCCCUGCCCGACAGUUCUCCCAGAAAGCAUGGACAACCCAACUUAUUCUCUUCGACGACGAGACCCGAUGAGGCGUGCUCUCUGCUGUAUGCUCCUAUUGGGCAUCGCCUGCCAGGCGGCAGGGGCCGCGGGCGGCGAAGGAAAGAUGGCUGACCUGAGAACCAUGGGGGAGGAGCUCCUCCGGGAAGCCAGAGAGCCCGAGUUCUUCGACUGGCUGAGGCGGGUGCGGAGGAGGAUUCACGAGCACCCCGAGCUUGCCUUCGAAGAGUUCGAGACGAGUCGGCUCGUCCGGUCGGAGCUCGACUCUCUGGGGAUCGAUUACACGUGGCCGGUGGCGGUUACCGGGGUGGUGGCCUCCGUUGGGUCCGGGGCCGAGCCAUGGUUCGGCCUCAGGGCGGACAUGGACGCUCUCCCGAUUCAGGAACUGGUGGAAUGGGAACACAAGAGCAAGAUCAAUGGUAAAAUGCAUGCCUGCGGGCACGACGUCCAUGUUACGAUGCUGCUUGGAGCGGCCAAGUUACUUCAACAGAGGAACGACUCCCUAAUGGGCACUGUCAAGCUCGUGUUCCAACCUGCAGAAGAAGGCAGCGGAGGAGCUUACCAUAUGAUAAAAGCAGGAGCUCUGGACGAGAUCAGGGCCAUCUCUGGGCUCCACAUUGCCCCUGAACUGCAGAUCGGAGAAAUCGGAUCGAGGCCUGGUCCAUUUCUUGCAGGAUCAGGAAGGUUUUUAGCCACAAUUCGAGGGACAGGUGGCCAUGCAGCAAGUCCCCAUCAGGCUAUAGAUCCCGUUCUUGCAGCUUCUUCUGCUAUCCUCUCGCUCCAACAAAUAGUUUCCCGAGAAACAGAUCCUCUCGAGGCCAAGGUGAUCUCGGUGGGUUUUAUCGAGGCUGGUCAAGCUUUAAAUGUUAUUCCAGAUGCAGUUAAAUUCGGAGGCACAUUUAGGAGCUUUUCCUCGGAUGGUUUCUAUCAGCUUCAGCAGAGGAUCAGAGAGGUAAUUGAGGUGCAAUCAGCCGUUCAUCGGUGCAAUGCAACAGUUGAUUUCUUGGAGGACUCGUUGCGGCCUUACCCCGUCACUGUAAAUGAAGAAUCGAUGUACAAUCAUGUAAAAGAUAUCGGACAAGUCUUGCUUGGAGAAUCGAAUGUGCUCUCUCUUCCAAUGAGCAUGGGUGCGGAGGAUUUCGGCUUCUACUCCCAGAAGAUGCCUGCUACAUUCUUCAUGAUCGGGACACGUAAUGAGUCAGCUAAGUCGGUUAACCGGUUACACUCCCCAUACUUGGAGAUAGACGAGGAGGUCCUCCCCAUUGGAGCUGCAUUACAUGCUUCCGUUGCCAUGUCUUAUUUAGGAGCAAGUUCUUCAGCUUAAACCAAACUUACACAAAUGCAGAUGUACAUGUAUUCAGAGCCGGCAUAGAAUUUUGUAAUGAAGAAACACCGCAUGCCAUUGUAAUUGAUUUGGAGAAUCAGAGAUAUAAUGAAUCGGUUCGCGAAACAUAUUCAGAUGAUAUCCAGUGCGGAAUUGAAAGA